GUAACCGACGUUCUUGCAUUUCUUCCUUGUUGUGCGUUCUAGAUGGGUGCGUGUCGCAACACCUCUCUCAGCGUGGACUUCCGAUUUCACAGAAAGGUAGAAGAGGGAACGCUGUCCGAAAGUGACUCUGUGUUCGUGUUGAAUGUGAAACUGUGAUGAACAGGAUAACAAGAGGAUUUCUUUUUAACUCUGGUUUUCUGAACAGAAGAGAGAUGGACACUGGCUCUGAGUGCUGGAGGAGCUGAAUGGGUGAGUGAGGCAGAGAGAGAGAGACACACACACACACAUCAGCACUCCUUUCUUCAUCUGAUUCACCAGAAAGAUUUCUGGAGAUUUUAUUUCACAUCUACAGCUAGAGAUCCGGGACAACACCAAGACCAAGGUUUUUGUGCUUGAACUGGAUUAGUAAUCAUGCGGAUUGCUGUGUUUCUCAUGACAGCAGUUCUUCAAGUAGUGUGUAAAGAUAAGGACGUUUGUGAAAUUUUCCCCAAGAACCCAGAUGUCCCAUAUGGUUCUGAUCUAACAAUGUUCCUCAAAGCUCCAUCAAGUAGUGAUUGCCGCUCAGAGACGCCGUUCAAUUCCAGCAGAAUCUUCUGGACUCUCAAUAAGAUAAAAAUAGACCAGAGGUUUUAUGACUUCAACACCACCUUGGCCUCUGUGUCCAUUCACAAUAUCACUGUAGAAAAGGGCACAGUGGAGUGUUUUUUAAACAUUACUACGCCUCUCUUAUUGCAUGGCACCUUCAUCCGCACGCACCCUCUCAUCAGAAGACCUGAAAAUAUCUCAUGUGUUGGAAAAUUUGUCAAUCCACCCUGGCCCACAAUAACUUGUAUUUGGGAUCAUGAUCCAUACCCUACAGAUAUAAAGUACACAAUCCAUGUAAAGCAGCUGCUUGCAGAAUAUAAACAUGAAUCAUGGAAGAAACACUACACAAUCCCAGAGUAUGUGGAACUGAUAUUUGGUCAUAAAUUGACCGUAAGUGUGUGUGCACAGAAUCCGUAUGAGGAUUUGGCUUGCUCCAGUGAAGUUACCUACAGUGACCUUUGGAAUAUUGUUCCAAUGGAUUCACCGACAGAUGUUAUCGCUGAGCCUUUGCCGACUGGAAUCCGAGUGUCAUGGAAGAAUGAGCAGCGGCCGUGGACUUUACAGGACAGUACGGAGUGUGAAACACGGUUAUGCAAAAAAGGUUCAUGUACUGAGCCUGUGAUGAAACACCUGAAAAGCUGCUUAAUAAGUACUGUGGAAAUGACUGAGGUGAAAUCGUGUACCAACUAUACCGUGUCCGUGCGCAGUAGGUAUAACAACUCGGUCUGGAGUACAUGGAGCCACGCUGUUACAGCACUCAGCUAUCUCAAUGUCAGUAGCUUACAGCUCCAUCUCUGGAGAUCCAAAAGUGUGCUGAAUGACCGGGGGAAAAGAACAGUGCACCUUAUGUGGACGGGAGUCUCACCAUCAUGUAAAGCGUUUGAUGAAUAUUGCAUCUACUGCGACUCUCUAAGGCUUUCCAAAUGCUGUGGGCCCUACCAAAAUCAUACCUUUAUUACUUUAGAUGAAAAGCCACACAGAAUAACUGUGGCUGUGAUUCGCAAUGAAACACGUCUCAAUGAAGCUUCCAUUGAGGUCCCUGCCAUGGCAGAAGAAGUCAAUUUACCUCCAGUUGGGAAUAUCAGCGUGUUUCUCCAGCAUGGGGAUAUCCAUAUCACCUGGGAGAAGCCCAGUCUUCCUGUCAGUGGAUAUAUAAUAGUCUGGAACAGUACAGCCAAAAACUACAUGUGGCAGCAAACCCAAGAAACCAGUUUCGUUCUGAAGGGUGAGCCGUCCACCUACACCAUAUCACUGACUCCACUCUAUAAAGAUGGGCCUGGAAAUCAGAUUACUCUUCAUAACUGUGGCCGAGAAAGAAACCUAACAGAAGUGUCUCAAGUCCAAGUGAUUGCGGUUAGUGACAAGCACGCGGAGAUCCGCUGGAUACCGACUCAGCGCUGUGCAUUUGUACUGAACUACACAGUCUUCUACCAAACAAAUAAUGAUCCGAAAAUCAGAAAUAUCACUGUGGGACCGGACCAGCACCAUGUCGUUUUGGAGAACCUGCAGUCCAGAACAACGUAUAGCGUUUAUAUUGUGGCCAGUACAGCGUCUGCUUCUUCUAAGAGCUUGCCACUCAUAUUCUCAACCAAAAUCAGUUCAGUUUUCCUUAUUAUGGUCAUUACCUGCUGCGUUGGUAUGAUCCUGCUGUCUAUUCUUGCUGUGAUGAUACAAAGGAAACUCUUGAGUAAAAAGAUUCCAGACCCACGAUUCAGUUCUCUGUCCAUGUGGCCAUCAGAUCACUGCAGAAAGCCGUGGAGCCUAUUCUCAGUGCCUGGGGCAAGGGACACAGAGAAAAUUCUGACAUGUCACAUAGACAAUGAGGUCAUCAGUGUUUCGCCAUCAAGCAAAAACAACAUGGCUACAGUCAACGCUUUGGCAGAUAGCCAGAAAAUUGCAACUCAGGAAAUAUCACAGACCGAAAACACUCCACUGGCUGCCAGUUUUUCUAAUAAAGGACAACUGCCAUUUGGUGGGAAAGAGCAAAGAGUCCCUUCUGUUUCAUCACUGGAUCUCCACACUUCAGGAAUUUGUCCUCUCCCCCUGAUUCACUCACCAUACAAGAAGCAAACACCACUAAACAGCCCUGUGGAGUCUCCAACUCAACCUCAGUGGUCAGAUGAGACAGAAGCACUGCUGACCCCAAAGCUCAGGAAUACAACUUACUUCACUAGUUAUGUAACCAUGGACAUGGUUGAACCAAGGAAACACCCAAGCAAGUGACGUUAUAUUUACAAUAUAAUAACUCUAUAAUUGUUUGUCAUUGCUACAACUGUGAUGUAUAUAUCUAGGGCAUUCAGAACAUCCAGUAACCAGUGAUAACCAGAAUUACAUUCUUUUCACACACAUGACAUUUUUUUUUUUUGCCAAGUAAGUAAUGUCAGUACAGUGCUACAUUAAAGUAGCUGGCUCGCAAGCCCAGUGCCUCACUGUUAAUGUCAUAAUGCAGUUAACAGUGAAGUAUUGUUUAAGAAGAAGAGCUUUAUUCAUCACAUGUACACUUGUGAAAUUUCUCUCUGCAUUUAACCCAUCUGAAGCAGUGAACACACACACAUACCCAGAGCAGUGGGCAGCCAUGCUAACAGUGCCUGGGGAGCAGUUGGAGGGGGUUAGGUGCCUCACUCAAGGGCACCUCAGCCUAAGGCUGCCCCGUGUUAAUGUAACCCGCAUGUCUUUGAACUGUGGGGGAAACCCGAGCACCCAGAGGCAGACAUGGGGAGAACAUGUAAACGCCACACAGAAAGGCCCUCAUCGGUAACUGGGCUCGAACCCAGAACCUUCUUGUUGUGAAGGAACAGUGCUAACCCCACUACACCACCGUGCCACCCAACUUAACUUGGCGCCAUUUCUAUAACUGAAUCUAAAAAUGUUCCCAUAUUUGGGAUAUUUCUUAAUUGUUUAAUUAUUAAACUAGCUAGUUUAAUAUUUUAUAUUAUACUCUAUGGUGAGCAAAGUUCUAAGCUAAAAUAUCCUACUUUGCUACAUCAGUUAUCGCCGAGCUAGCCGCACAGUGAAGCAGAGUGAAUGAUGAGGACUUGGCUGAAUGUUACCUUGCAAGCAGUAGCUUCAAACAUACAACGCUAGCAAAGUGCACUAUUCAACUGUGUAAUUAUAAUGGGUACUUUAUGAUUUUGUUAUGCUGUUAAUUUUUUUACAUGAAUCCAAAAAAGGUUAUUACUAGAGAUGCCACCAGUUUGAUACCCAGGAUUGAUGUCCAAGCGACACCAGCAAGAAAAAAAAAAGAAAAAAGCAUCAGAUAUUAGAAAAAUGUGAUCUGAUUUAGAAUUGGGUUUUACAAAGAAUAUUGUGGCGCUGUGAAUGUUUACAUUUGUUAAGGUUCAUUAUAUUCAUACAUUAUUAUAAUUGCAGCAUAAGAGAGCUUUGUGUGAAAACUUUCAAGUUGUGUUUAUAUAUGUAUAUGUGUGUAUAUAUAGUGUCCAUGUAAAUGUAUGUGUAUAUAUACUAGUGCAUCUCAAAAAAUUAGAAUGCCAUGAAAAAGUUCCUUUUUUUCAUAAUUUAAUUCAAAAAGGUAAACUUUCAUAUAUUCUAUAUUCAUUACAUGUAAAGUGAAAUAUUUAAAGCCUUUUUUGUUUUAAUUUUGAUGAUUAUGGCUUAUAGCUCAUGAAAAUCAGAAAUCCAGUAUCUCAAAUUAUUAGAAUAUUCCCUAAGAUCAAUCAAAAAAGGAUUUACAGUACAGAAAUGUCCAAUUUCUGAAAAGUAUAUUCAUUUAUACACUCAGUACUUGGUUGGGGCUCCUUUACCAUGAAUUACUGUAUCAAUGCGGUGUGGCAUGGAGGUGAUCAGUCUGUGGCACUGCUGAGGUGUUAUUGAAGCCCAGGUUGCUUUGAUAGUGGCCUUCAGCGUAUCUGUAUUUUUGGGUCGGGUGUUUCUCAUCUUCCUCUUGACAAUACCCCAUAGAUUCUCUAUGGGGUUCAGGUCAGGCAAGUUGGCUGGCCAAUCAAACACAGUAAUAUCAUGGUCAGCAAACCAUUUGGUAGUAGUUUUGGCACUGUGGGUAGGUGCUGAGUCCUGCUGGAAAAGGAAAUCGGCAUCUCCAAAAAGCUCGUCAGCAGAUGGAAGCAUGAAGUGCUCUAAAAUCUCCUGGUAGAUGGCUGUGUUGACUUUGGACUUGAUAAAAUACAGUGGACCAACACCAGCAGAUGACAUGGCACCCCAAAUCAUCACAGACUGUGGAAACUUCACACUGGGCUUCAAACACCUUGGAUUCUGUGCCUCUCCACUCUUCCUCCAGACUCUAGAACUGUGAUUUCCAAAUUAAAUGCAAAAUGUACUUUCAUCCGAAAAGAGAACUUUGGACCACUGAGCAACAGUCCAUUUCUUUCUCUCCUUAGCCCAGAUAAGACAUUUCUGACAUUGUCUCUGGCUCAGGAGUAGCUUGAUAUUAGGAAUGCGAAAGUUGUAUCCUCUUUCUUGAAGAUGUCUGUUCGUGAUGGGUCUUGAUACACUGACACCAGCCUCAGGCCACUCCUUGUGAAGCUCUCCCAAGUUCUUGAAUCAACUUUUCUUGACAAUCCUCUCAAGACUGCGGCCAUCCCUGUUGCUUGUGCACCUUUUCCAGCCACCCUUUUCAGCAAUGAUCUUUUGUGUCUUACCCUCCUUGUGGAGGGCAUCAGUGAUCAUCUUCUGGACAACAGUCAAGUCAGCAGUCUUCCCCAUGAUUGUGGUUGUAUGUACUGAACUAGACCGAGAGAUACACUGUGUUCAUACUGUUUUACUCGAACUCGAAAUGAAAUAUUCUAAUAUUUUGAGAUGGUUUUUUUUUUGUUUUUGUACUGUAUGCCAUACUGAUUAAAAUAGAAAAAUGCCUGAAA